UUCUUACGCGCGUCCUCUGACAUCAGCCACCUUCCCUGUCACAGUUUCUCUGCACUCAAAUUAAAUUCUGGCGGAUGAAAAAAUGAACCUCUCCCCCACCCUCGCUGCCUCCUUUUGCUUCACACCCCCAGAAAAGAGUUUCUCCGCCAGAGAGAGGGUGAAGGUUUUUUUCCAAGUCACAUGAUCCAGGAUGCAGGGGGAAAAUCCUUGGAACUGAGAUGGGCCCAGAACCGAAUCUGAUGAGGAGAGAGAUAAGGUGUGAUGCGGGGCCGCCUAUAUAAAGCAUGGAGCCAGGGCUGCAGCGAGCACCUGUCCGCAGGACCCCUUCCCCUGAGCCAGCCAUGCAGGUGCCACCUGGCUCGGUGGUGGGCCACUGGGGAGCCACGAGCCGCAGCUACUUCUACCUCACCACAGCUGUGCUGCUUCUGUGCCUGGUCGUCACAGUGGCAACCAUCAUGGUCCUGGUGGUGCAGAGGACGGACUCCAUUCCCAGCCCACCCGACACUGUUCCCCUUAAAGGAGGGAAUUGCUCAGAGGACCUCCUGUGUAUCCUGAAAAGGGCUCCAUUCAAGAAGUCAUGGGCCUACCUCCAAGUGUCGACGUACCUCAACAAUUCCAAGCUCUCUUGGAACCCCGAUAGUAUCAUCCACGAAGUCAAAUACCAGGACGGGGACCUGGUGGUCCAGUUCCCAGGCUGGUACUUCAUCAUGUGCCAAGUGCAGUUUCUCAUGCAAUGCUCAAAUCAUUCUGUGGACCUGAAGUUAGAGCUCCGUGUCAACACAGAGGUCAAGAAACAGGCCCUGGUGACUGUAUGCGAGGCGGGAGUACACACCAAAAGCAUUUACCAGCAUCUCUCUCAGUUCCUGCUUGAUUACUUGCAGGUCAACACCACCAUAUCAGUCACAGUGGAUGAAUUCCAAUAUGUGGAUACAAUCACCUUUCCCCUUGAGAAUGUGCUGUCCAUCUUCUUGUACAGCAGUUCAGAUUGAACCAUUUCGCUUGGCCUUCAAGAAGAAAACAACUUUCAACCCCACAAUACUGUAUCCAUCCAAACACUUGGGCAAAAACAAAAAGACUGAAAUCACAAAAGUGAAUUAAAUAGUGUAGUUUUCUCCUUGCUCUUGGAAAGAUACAACUCCAAGGUUUAAAAAAAAGUGAAGUAUCUCUCAGAAGCAAAUAGGGAAGCAAU